ACGUUCCCUAAAGAGUUCAGACUCCCAGGACGGGGAGAAGAAGAGGAGUAAAGGAGGUUUCCUCAACCUCAUCAAGUCUCGCACCUCCAAGUCUUCAGACAAAGACAAGUCUUCAGACAAAGACAAGUCAGAGAAGAACCAGUCUACCCCAGCUCCAGCCCUAACCCCAGCUCCAGCCCUAACCCCAGCUCUAGUAACCACUGUCCCCGAGGGGCCUUCCUCCCCUAAGGCCUCCCUGAAGAGCCAAGCUCCAGAACCACCAACCAAGGUCAAGGAGGCCAAGACCCAGCCCACUCAUCCCAGCCAGCUCACCCAACCCCUGGAGUGCAGCAGCAGCUCAGACCGGUCUGAGGAGCUACGGACCCCAGACUCUAUGGAUGAGGUGUCAGAGGGGGACAGUAAGGGUAGUCCCCAGGGGGGGAGGCGCUACGGGGUGCAGGUGAUGGGGACUGGACUCCUGGCGGAGAUGAAGGCCAAGCAGGAGAGACGGACCUUCGGAUCACAUAAGGACCAGUAUGACCAGUCGUCCAGUCCAGACAGCAGUGGCAGCGUUAAGGGCCAGCCUAUCCCAACAGAGAGCAGGUCUCCAGGUGGCUUCAAGGCAGAGGGGGUGGUGGUGGUCAGCUCCCCAGAGAAGAGUCCUCGUGGUGGGGAGGCCAAACCAGAGACGGCCCCUAGGAACCGCAUUACCUCAGUCCUAAGUUCCAGUCCUAAGCCCCAUCUUCAGGGCCCCAAGCCAGCCCUCGCUGCCCGACCCUCCAUCCUUCAGAAGCCGCGCACCAGCAGUAGCAGGAGCAUAGAUGAGGUCUGUGACUCUCCUGGAGGGAAUGUGUCUCCCAAAGGGGCAAUGCUGCCUUACAGCCUGAAGAGGGUCCCCUUGGACAAGGACAAGGAGGGGCAGGGCAGUCCUCUACUGGGGGGCACGGGGAGCAACAAAAGCCCCUCUGCUCAGGCAGCAGUGAAACCAGGCUCAGUGUCGGACCCAGCCAAUCGCCAGAGCCCCCACCGCCACAACUCUGAGGACAACGGCUCCAAACCCAAGGACCAAUCCCCUGACAGAGACAAGGGACCGGGGAGAAAGUCUCCCCGAUCUGGAGAAGAGGCCGACAAAGACUUUAUUUUUAUAUGAGAAACUAAACUCUCAAUGAAUGACAGGUGCAUUGUACCUGCCUGUCAUCUCAGUAUAUCUGAUGUCAGGAAUCGGACAGCGACGACCGUAUGUCUAGAGACUGUCGGGCAGAGUAACCCAUGUG